UUGGCUGCCUUAUCAUCGCUUCCUUGUUGCCAAACCUGCAAAGACAGGGCUGUACUGAAUGCAGCGUAAUUUUGACCCAUGUUCCAUUAGCCGAGCAGCCCUGAGGGCAAGACACUUCCGCGCUGGACUGUAAUGCUACACUGUCCUCCAAUUCAUCCUCAACCGCUAUGGAUCUGUACCCUUAGUGCGCUGCCGCUGCCUCAUCCAACACGGCGUAAUCUGCAGUCACCUGCGACUCCGAUAGGCAAUCAAUAUUGAUAGAGUAUUUAUAAGGAUUACAGCCAUUAGGCAACACGUCGCGGGGAAAAGCUGGAAAUAUGAAGCGCUGGCAACAUGUCUAAGGCCACUGUCAAGAAGCUGCACUGGCGCUCAAAAGUCCAGGAGAGCUUCGUCCCACUGGGCGGAGCCUCAGGAGAGCUGGGUGUGGCCAUCGGGGGCGGUGCAGAUUAUGGAGAGUUCCCAUUUGUUACAGCAGCACCUGGAGGUGGAGCCACAGUUGGUGACAUCAUUCUUGAGAUUGGGGGUACACCUGUCCUUGGAUUAACCUUAGGAGAUGUCAGAGGGGUUCUGAAUUCAUGUCCACAUCCCAUCCGGAUCAAAACAGUCUCACCAGGUUCAACUCUUUGUAAAGAUUUGAGACUUUACCUAAGCAAGUGUUUUACACCUGGAUCCAUGGACAGUCAACUCCAACAGGUCAUACGAGAAAAUCUCUACCUGCGGGCCGUACCCUGUACAACCAGGCAGCCACGGGAUGGAGAAAUCUCAGGGGUGGAUUAUAACUUUGUGUCUAUUGAGGAAUUCUUCUCCCUGGAGGAGUCUGGAGCCCUGCUGGAAAGUGGGAAGUUCAAAGGGAACUAUUAUGGCACACCUCGGCCGGUUCACAUCGGACCAGACAGCCCCCCCAUUACGUACCAAGAACAUCGAAACCUUCUGCGGAACUUCCGCACCCGCAGCAAAUCCCUCAGCAACCUGGAGAAGGCUGUAGAAGAAGGAGACAACAGUGAGGAAGACUCCGGUCUGUCAGCGGGGUCUGCAGGAGCCAGCAGUGCCCCUCCCACCACAAUUGUCUCACCUAAUCAGACUUGGGACUCAGGAGGCGGGCGGGAUGGAGGGGUUGCCAUGGAGAAUGGUGCACGUGGAGGGGCAUUGCCUGAAAAUUGGGAGCUGGCGUUCAGUGACGCGGGAGAACCCUAUUACAUCAACCAUAACUCAAAGACCACAAGCUGGCUGGAUCCUCGGACUCAGGGCAAAGAGAUUUUCAGCAAGACUGAGUUACCUGCGUUCACAGAUCAACCAUCUGACCUGAAGGGCUAUUCCAUACACACCCGCCUGUCGAAAGGGCCUCGUGGGUUUGGCUUUAAUAUUGUGGGUGGCAGCAGACCGAAAGAGUUCCUACAGGUGUACAGCGUCACACCUGGAGGUCCAUCUGCACUAAAAACAGCUGACAUCCUGGUGUACAUCAAUGACACAUGCGUGCUGGGUCUGUCCCAUAAAGAAGUGGUAGAAAUGCUCAAAUCCGUCCCCAUGGGUCAAAGUGUAGACGUGGUUCUCCGUCGAGGUUACCCCAUGCUUUACAAACCCGAUGGCUGCCCCAAAACCAGCCUUGCUUCACCCUCUGAUCCAAAAAGCUCAAACCCUGCUGCCCCUGGCUAUGCUCAAACCCAGUCGCAACAUCCCGAUGUUCACCAGUCUGGCCUGGUGAACAUCAACCGCUCCAUGUCUCACCACAACAACUUCUACCCGCGCAUGCAGAAAGAGUCUCUGGAUGCUAAUGGCAACACGGCACCGCAAACUUCCUAUUCGAUGGCCAAUGGAAAUGGAGUGGGAGGGACGGUAGGGUUGGGGGCAGUGCCUUCAUCAAAUGCCCCUCCCCCGUCAGACAGAAUGAGCUCCAGUCACAGCGAUACGGAGGUCAGCUCUGUUGUCACACGCAGGGCAUCCCUCAUCCGAAGCUACAACAACAACUCUCUUCCGGCUCCCUCUCACGGUCAUCACAGUUCCAAGUCUUCCGACAGCGAUAACUCCUCUGUCGCGCUACCUCUACCCCAGCCUGAGGUGGGUCAGACCGUCCCACUACCAGGGGCCCCUGGCACCCAGCGACCUCCCAUGCCCCAAACAACUCUUGCCGUUGCACCUCCAACUGAGCUCCCACCCUGCGGUUUUAACGGGUGUCCAGCCAACAACCCCCCGCGACCUCAUCCAGGGGGCCUAGGGUCCCCCGGAGCCCCAGGUGGGGUAGGGUGCAGAGGAGGUGGUGAGCUGGUACCCGUGGCCUUGGGCAGGAGCGAAGGAGGGGGUAUGGGUUUUAGUGUGACGGCUGGGGGGCAGGGAGGGCAGCUUGCGGUUGUGAAAAGAGUCUGGGACAGGCGGCAGUGCCCCUCCUUACAGCCAGGGGACGCCAUUAUCAAAAUCAAUGGCGCAGAUGUACAGAGCCUUAGCUUCGCACAGGUGCAGCGGGUGCUACAAGAACAUACCAAACAGGGUGAGGUUGUAUUACUGGUUUACAGAGGAGGUCCUCUUUGUUCACCUGGUUCCCCGAAUGCCUAUAAGAGAACUCCUCCCUCACUGGGCACCCCUGAUCUGACCUCCCCAUCCUCUGAUGGUGCUGUACCCAGCCAGAGCACCCUUUCACCCUCCUCGCCCUCUGGUGACCUUCCCAACCUGGUCCAGAGCACCAGCUUCCUGGACUCAGUGCCUGUGACGCUGACGUUAGAGCCCCGGGACUGGUUAGGAGUUGAGGAUGGAACUGGUCAGUGGGGCCAAAACGCGGUUUUGAACCUUGGAGCAGUGUCCAAAAGCCACGCGGAAGGGAGAACAACAGCUUCUUCCAGAGCAAUGGAAGUGGAACUGAGACGAAGAACGGGAGAAGGAUUCGGUUUCGUUGUCGCCUCCCAAGAUGUAGUGAAUGGAUCCUCGUCUCUGGUGUGUCACAGGUUCGUGACAGUGCGUCGAGGGAGCCCAGCGGCACGCAGUGGUCAGAUCCAGCCUGGGGAUCAGUUGGAGGCUGUUGAGGGCCGAUCAGUGGUCACCCUGCCUCACAGAGAGCUCGCACAGAUCCUGCGCCGAGCGGGAAACACGCUCAGACUCACCAUUUUACCGCGGUCAAACACUAACAAUAAUCUGCCUGAGUACACUGACUUUGAUGCUGAGAGCCAAUCAAAAAAAGGCCAUCGAUCCAAGCAGAAGGAUUCCCAUUACUACAGUGUGGAUCUAGAUAGGGGCCCAACAGGAUUUGGUUUUAGCCUGAGAGGUGGAAGUGAAUAUAAUAUGGGUCUCUAUGUGCUUGGCUUGAUGGAGGGUGGUCCAGCCUCUCGGAGUCAGAAAAUACAGGUGAGUGAUCAGCUCAUUGAGAUUAAUGGAGACAGCACAUCCGGAAUGACACACAGCCAGGCCGUCGAACAAAUUCGGAAGGGUGGAAACCGGAUACACCUCAUACUGAAGAAAGGCAACGGAUACGUGCCGGAUUACGACCAUGAAGCUGGGGUCACCUCCCCCUCCUCCCUUUUCUCUGAAGAGGCUCAUGCAUCCUCACCAGAUCAUGGUCCUUCAAGGAGCAGCAGACAAGUGGAUGACAGUGAUCAUGAGAGAAGAGAGAGGAGGGGAAAGGGAAGGAGCAGAAGAAGAGGAUCGGAGGAGCGCAGAGGAGCAUCUGAUAGCGAACGGGGCUGGGCAGACGUCAGCGCAGCGGGCGGCUCCCAGAAAAAAGGAAGCAGGAAAGAGCAACAGAUACGUUCACGUAGUUUACCUAGCACAGUGAGGAGCCGAGAGGGAGGACGGAGAAAUGAAGACGAGGAUGGAGCGCAAGAAGAAAGACGAAGAGCAGGACGAAAGGCAAAAGACGGGAAAGAAAGAGAAAGCGUUGUAAGAGAAAAACAAGACAAGAAAAAGAGCAGCAAGCCGGAGGUCACGCAUCGCUCGCCGUUCUCCUUCCUCAUGCCUUUAGACAAUGACGACGACGGGUCGGGUGCAGAAUCAGCUCGUAGCUUCUCUGAAGUCAGUGUUUCUGCAGCCAGCAUCUCGUUCUCGGGGAGUCUGUGGCCCCCGGAGCACGUCAGCCCUCUAUGGGCCCCUGGAUCUUCAACUACAGCACCGGGACCCUGGCUAGUCCCCGGCCCUCACAAACUCUCUCAGGUUUCAGAGGGAAAAAGGCUGAGCCGAAACAAGGGAGGACUGUGGUCCUAAUGCUAUUUCCCUUGAAAGAAUAGAUCAUUUAAAAAAACGAAAAUUCUGUCAUUAUUUACCCACCUUCCUGUUGCUCCAAACCAAUGAAAUGGGAAAACUUAAAUGUGGAAAAAAUUCUGAUAGCUCUUUUCCGUUCAAUUUAAAAAAUGGGGAUUAAAGACUUUAAGAGUUACAAAAGGUAGUCCAUAUACACACUAUAUUUCAUAUUUAUUUAUUAAAACUGUAGAUUUAUGUAGUAAGCAACAUCCUGAAAUGUAAGGAUCAAUUCAACCGGAUCAAUGAGUUAAACUUUUUUCAUCAUUCACAGAUCAGACAUCACUACUACUCUCAUCAUUUCUACUAAACGUGCCAAAGAGAGCUAGUGCGGAUAUCAAGAUUUUUAAGUUAAAAGGACUUAGAUUUUAUUAUGUGGUCAUGUAAUGGAAUGAUAUAUAGACAUAUAUGUCUAUAUAUGGGCUACUUUUGCAUCCAUGUUGAAAGCCUCUGAUCACGGUAACUGCAUGGAAAAGAGCAACCUGUACUCAAAAUCCUUCUUUUGGGUUAAAUGAAGGAAAUUCAUACAGGUUUAAAAAGACAUGAUGGUGAAUAAAUAAUGACAGAUUAGGAUUUUUGGUUGAACUAUUCCUUGAUCUCUCUCUUCUAUCUCACAUACACACAUGCACGCACAUAUGCCUACACAGCCUGUGUCUCAUUUAUACAGUCUCUGUCUCUAUAUCUGUGGGUUUUCAUUACACCACCAUCAUCUCAUCAGUCCCUCCUCCACCCUUAAUUCACAUCUGUGUAGGACUGGUACUGUUAAGAGACCAAAGGAAGUUACUGCAGUGGUCUCCCACUCAUGCCAAUCAAAACUUUAUCGCCAUCUAGGGGCCAAGGAGAGAAAAGCUGCCAUCAUGGCUAGCUUAAAUGUAAAUGCAAGGUCAGUUUAAAAUCCAUAGUGUCCUUCAUAGCAUGUUUAUUCGUCGUGCCAUUUUAAUUUUGAUAGUUUCCAUUUAUUUUCAUAAGAAUGCAAGAAAAUUCUAUUAUAAAAAAAUGAAAGUUUAUUUAAGACGGGGUUGCUCAAUUCUGCUCCUUAGGAUAUAACUUUAUGGAACUUUUCUACGUGCGGAUGUGAGCGACCCUUGAUUUAAGAGAUUUUAUUAGCUGCUUGCUGUAUGUGACUGGACUGUAACCCCUCUCCACCUGUGUGCGGUGGUCUUGCAGUUGAAAGAGGAGGGAAGGAAGAUAACCGAACUAAAGUUUUAUUAUAAGGCCAGCGAGCCGUAUCAAACCUCUCCAGGUGCCUUCUGCUUCUUUAUCCAGUGUUUACCAAAAAAAAGAGAUACAAAUAAACAAGUUAAAGAACAUACGACGUAGCAUAGUAGAAAGUGUGCAACACCAUACUGUUCUGCCUCUUUACCAUCUAUAUCUUUGCAAGACUUGGUUCACAAGUUGGGGAAAUGUUCUGCACACGCUCUGCGAAACUUCAGCUAAGUGAGUCAAAGUGAAAGAGAGCCAUUACAAGUGCCUCAUGCGAUAUUCCUUUACUGUAUACGAGACAUAGACUUCCCUCAAGCUCAGAAUCAGGACCCAAAGUUUUGAUUUUCCAUCGUGAUAUGUAUGCUUUCUGAUUUAUUACUUCAGACCCAUUUCAUUGCCCUUGACAUUUCAAAAAAGAAAAAUUGGAAAAAUGAUCGGUCCUCACGCCCCAGCCCUCAGCCAAUCAGCAUUGAGCAUCAUGCGGAAUCUUCAUUUCAGGAGACAAAAAAGGACAAAAGAAUAAAGGGCAUUUUGAUACAUGCUUCUAUGCAUUUUGUAAGACUUACUGGUCAAAAAUUGUGGUAGAAUUUUUCUACCUGAGAUAUGAGAUUCGUAAUUUUGUGUACUAUUAAAUACACAUGCAGGUUGGCGAGUUGAUCCCGAAAAAAUUCAAGGGAAGGCUUUCUGAGAUCCAGUGAUAAUCAGACAUGCUGUACCACCAGCUUAUGCAUUGAUCUUUACCUCAGAAUUGCCUGAGCAAUAAGUGCUAUCUCUUUCUGUUGUUUCACACCCAGCAAAGCUCUAUAUUGACAGGCUCAUUGGAAGAAAUACGCACAGUAAUAUCAUUUGUGAUGAAUAAAAUGCAAUGGUAUUUGGCUCAAAUUUUUAAGUAUAAUAAAAAUGUUAUCACUGGUUGAUUUUACUGUGCUGUAACAUAUCAAUAAAUGCUUACAUAGAAGAUUACACACACGAGUUAUGUUGCCAUACACAGCCUGUGAGCAUUUAGCAACUUUGAAAACGUUAAAUCAGGUUUCUUACAUGCGUAUUAAGCGUUCAGAGGUUAAAUCUGAAGUUCACUGCUCUCAGAAUCCUCAUCCAGCCUGUUGACUUUGUACCUGAUUAUCCCCUUUGUGUAAGAACUAUACGCCUUGUAAAUGUUUUAUUUUUAUUUUAUUUGUUUUUAUUGACGGGGACGAUAUGUUUUUCAAAAUGUUAAUAUUGUAGCAUUGCCCUUAUUGUAGCAGAUUUCGCUUACUGUACAUAUUAAUAGACCCUGCACAUUUUUAACAGAACCCCAAAUGUGUCACAUAUCAGAAAUAUACAGCACUGUCAACCUUCACGCCAGGUUCACGGCAAUGUGGUCUCUGUCCCGAGACACGUGCUGCAUUUUAAACAAGAUGCCCACUGGCUUGGCAAGAAGCUUGAUUAUAUAAAAUGAUAAUUCUUAUAAUUAUUAAAUCUUGCAUGUUUGUAGUGAAUAUACUAUUGUAAUAGCAUUGGCCCUUACAAUCCCCUAAUGGCAUGAUACUUUAUUUUUACAAGCCACUGACAGAAACAAACUAGCCCGAGGUCAUCUUUUGCUGGUUUUUAAUUAUUAAUAAUAACAUAAUAGAAUCUGAUCUGACAGGUCUACUGCCCCCUAGUGCCCUUUGUGUUUUUCACAUGCUGUGGGCUUUACAGUAGCGUGUUAGCUAAUGGUCCUCUUUCUUUCUUUAGGUUGACAUACCACUUUAAAAGAAAGAUUUAGAGACACAGAAAUCACUAUGUAGUCCACACGAAAACAAACAGCAUGCCCAACAAAUAUGCCCCCAUCCCAAUAGGUUUCCUUUGCUGGAGACAGUAUAGACCCUUAGAUGUUCUGUAGGAUUUAAAGUCAGAGAAGUAGUCUCACAAAUGAGCCAUACUCCGAGCCAACCGAUAUAUUAAUACAACGAUGCAAUGUUUUUUUAUAACAAUGUAAGGUUACUAGCUGUGCAAAUGUGCCAUUUAAAUGCUAUUCAAUGAUGUCAUACUCUUUCCCUCUGCUGAGAAAAAUACAGAUGGGUCUUUGUCCCACUGAGUUUGACAGUUUUGAAAUGUCAAAACGUGAAUGGAGUGUUUCAGCUUUGAAUUUUCAACUUGAAUUUGCUAUAUUGGCCUUGUAAGGAGUUAGCCAUUGUACAGAACAAGAAUUUUACUUGCAAAAUGAGAAUGUUAAAGUCGUAGUUCACCCAAAAAUGAAAAUUGUCUAUUGUCUAGUAUGACCUCCUUUCUUUAGGGGAGCACAAAAGGAGUUAUUUAUAGCAGAAUGUCCAGACUGCUUUUAAAGUGGACGUAAAUGGUGGCUAUAGCUGUCAUGCAAGCUUAUUACUGAAUAUUUACUUUAACUUCAGUCUGUUCCUUACACAAAGCUACUGUAUCGUAUGGAGACUUAAAAUUCAAUGCACAACUCAUAUGGACUAUGUUUAUAAUACUUUUUAAAGGAUAGUUCACCCAAAAAUGUCAUUAUUUACUCACCUUCAUGUUGUUCACAACCUGUAUGAGUUUCUUUAUUCUACUGAACAUAAAAGAAGAUAUUUUGAUAAAUAAGUAACCACAAAGUUGACGGUACACAUUGACUUCCAUAGUGGGAAAAGAAAUAUGUCAACUGAACUGUGUGUUUACCAUCUAUGGUCAAAAUAUCUUCUUUUGUGUUUAACAUAAUAAAGAGACUUAUAAAGGUUUUGAACAGUGUGAGGGUGAGUAAAUAAUGACAGAAUUUUUAUUUUUGGGUAAACUAUCCCUUUAAAGGAUUAGUCAAUUUUCUUAAAAAAAAAAAAAAUCCAGAUAAUUUACUCACCACCAUGUCAUCCAAAAUGUUGAUGUCUUUCUUUGUUCAGUCAAGAAGAAAUUAUGUUUUUUGAGAAAAAACAUUCCAGGAUUGUUCUCAUUUUAAUGGACUUUAAUGGACCCCAAUACGUAACUCUAAACGAUCCCAAACGAGGCAUAAGGGUCUUAUCUGACGAAACGAUUGUCAUUUUUGACAAGAAAAAUUAAAAAUAUGCACUUUUAAACCACAACUUCUUGUCUUUCUCCGGUCCUGUGACUCGCCAGCGCGACCUCAUGCAACACGUCAAGAGGUCACGGAUGAUGAAUGUGAAACUACGCCCCAGUGUUUACAAGUGUGGAGAAAGAGGACCGUUCCGACGUUGUUGGAUGUCGAAUGAUACUAAUUAAUAUCUUUGUGUCAGUUUAUUGUUUAAAAUGGUCCGCAAAUGUGCGUUUUAUAUAUGUAACACGUGACCUUUCGACAUCAUUACACAAUUACGUGAGGUCGCCCUGGAGCGUCACAGGAUACAGACGAGAAGUUGUGCUUUAAAAGUGCAUAUUUUUUAUUUUUCUUGUCAAAGAUGGCAAUCGUUUCGUUAGAUAAGACCCUUAUGCCUCGUUUGGGAUCGUUUACAGUCCUUUGGAACUCCGUUGAAACUGCAAUUUUAAACUGCAUUAAAACUGUUACGUGUUGGGGUCCAUUAAAGUCCAUUAAAAUGAGAAAAAUCCUGGAAUAUUUUCCUCAAAAAACAUAAUUUCUUUUCGACUGAUCAAAGAAAAUCAUCAACAUUUUGGAUGACAUGAUGGUGAGUAAAUUAUCUGGAUUUUUUUAAGAAAAUGAACUAAUCCUUUAAGCUCGAAGGCAACUGGUUUGUUUCCAUUAACUUCUAUUGUAUGUUUAAAAGCUGAUUGGACAGUCUGAUAAACAAAGGCAGAAUAGGCUUUAUGCCCAGCUGCGCUACUUCCUGAACUUCAGCCAGCUCCUUGUUUCCUGUCUUCCAUUAUUGGACAAACUGAUUAAUCCAGGUGUGCCUGACCUCAGUAGUCAGAAACAAACUGAUUAAUCCAGGUGUGCCUGACCUCAGUAGUCACAACAACAAUAAUCAGACACACCUGGAUUAAUCAGUUUGUCAAAUAAUGGCAG